UCUCUACUAGCAGCCAAAAAAGGCAUAUAUCAACUCUAAAAAAAACUCACAGAGAGAUACAUGCUCCAUGUAUUUUGCCGGUGUACUAGCAACAGCAAAAUACAAUUUGUUUUAAAGUCAUGGGAAUACUUGACAUUUUACCUCAGACCUCCAGCUCUGUCUCCGUGUUGGGGGCUCUGGUGGUUCUGCUGCUCGUCUAUCUCAUCUCCUCCUUCAGCUUCAGCUCUCAGGAAGACAAGAAUGAACCUCCAGGACCCAGACCGCUUCCUCUGCUUGGUAACCUGCUGCAGCUGGACCUCAAGAAACCCUACAACACAUUACUGAAGUUUUCCAAGAAAUAUGGACCAGUGUUCACCGUCUACUUGGGACCCAAGAAAGUGGUGGUCUUGGCAGGAUACAAGACAGUGAAGGAGGCACUUGUCAACUAUGGUGAAGAGUUUGGAGACAGAGACCCGAUGCUAAUUAUGGUAGAAGUUAGUCAAGGACACGGUGUUUUAUGGUCCAAUGGGGAUUCUUGGAAAGAAAUGAGGCGCUUUGCUUUAACAAACCUGAGGGAUUAUGGGAUGGGUAAAAAGGCAUGUGAGGACAAAAUCAUUGAGGAGAGUCACUACCUCACUGAUGUGUUUAAGAAAUUCAAAGGAGAAGCCUUUGAUACAACCCAACCAGUGAACUAUGCAGUCUCUAAUAUUAUCUGCUCUAUGGUCUAUGGCAGCAGAUUUGAAUAUGAUGAUCCAGAGUUUACAUCUCUGGUAGAUCGAACAAACAGGAACGCUCAAAUUGUGGGCUCUCCAUCAAUACAGAUAUACAACCUGUUCCCGUGGAUCGGUAGAUGGAUCGCUAACUGGGAGACAUUCCACAAAGUGGCUGACGCCAAUAAGAAACAGAACUUAGAGCUGUUCAGACGUCUGAAAGAGACCCUCAAUCCACACAUGUGCAGAGGAUUUGUGGACGCCUUUCUGGUCCGAAAGGAACAACUGGAGAAGUCUGAGAUUACCAACAGUCACUUCCAUAGUGAGAACCUUCUAAUGACAGUUAUUCAUUUGUUUGGUGCUGGCACUGAUACAACUGCCACUACACUCAGAUGGGCACUCCUGUUUAUGACUAAAUAUCCAACAAUACAAGACCAGGUCCAAGAGGAGCUGAGCAGGGUGAUAGGAAGUCGUCAGGUGCAGGUUGAAGACAGGAAGAACCUGCCUUUCACUGAUGCUGUCAUCCAUGAGACACAGAGACUGGCCAACAUCCUCCCCAUGGCCCUGCCUCAUAAAACAACCCAAGACGUCACCUUCCAGGGUCACUUCAUUAAGAAGGGGACCACAGUGUAUCCUCUCCUGACCUCUGUCCUGUACGAUGAGAGUGAGUGGGAGAGACCUCACUCCUUUUAUCCUGCUCACUUCCUGGACAAAGAUGGAAAGUUUGUCAAGCGAGACGCCUUCAUGCCUUUUUCUGCAGGUCGCAGGGUUUGUCUCGGAGAGAGUCUGGCCAGGAUGGAGCUCUUCAUCUUCUUCACCACCCUCCUGCAGCACUUUCGUUUCUCUCCUCCACCUGGAGUUUCAGAGGAUGAACUGGAUCUGACUCCACGUAUGGGCCUCUCACUCAACCCUGCGCCUCAUAAACUUUGUGCUGUUUCCCUAAUGUGAGGAGGAGGUAGUAACAGUAAUAACUAGUAAUGUUUUCGUUGGUGUAAAAUCUCCUGAAAGUAAAGAUGGUUGUGUUUUCAUUAGCUUAAAAUGAGGCCUAUAUGUGUACAUAUGGUGCCAGUCGUCUUCCACGAAGCACGCCAUCUUGCAUCGCCAUUUUUUCUACAGUAGCCCAGAGUGGACAAAUCUGCAAUCUGCAACUUCACCACUAGAUGCCACUAAAUCCUGCACACUGAUCCUUUAAGCUACAUAUUCAGAGGGACUCCUGUCCUAGCAAUGGGUUAGCAUCAAUGGCUACGUACUAUGCCUGCAGAGCAAUAGCAUCUGUAACAAAUCUCUCUUAUAACUUGUGAUGCAAAAUGAAAAUGUCAUAUUUUGAUGCAAUUGUCCACAAUAAAUAAUGCUGCAUUAA